AUGGAUCAUCACACUCAGCUUCCAACUAGUGAAGUUGAUGUAGUCAUUGUAGGAGCUGGGCCUGCAGGACUCAUGUCAAAUCUUUGGCUGUCCGCUUUCAAAGGCGUGAGCGUCCGCAUUAUCGACAAGCGGACGGCGACUUUUUACGCAGGAACACAAGAAGUGUUCAAUUCGUUCGGAUUCGAAGAGCGAGUAUUGAAAAUCGCACAGCCCAUGGCCGAGUUUUCCUUUUGGCAGCCCGAUCGUAAUGGUCGAAUAUAUCGAAGUUCUCGUACGGCCGACGGUCCGCCAAAUAUGUCACGCUUUCAAGGAGCGGUCUUACACCAAGGAUAUAUUGAAAGGUUUCUGAAAGAUGCCAUAAAAGAGCGUGAAGGUCCGGAUGUGGAGUAUGGGGUGCAACCAGAUUUACACCAAGUCGACGAGAUGAUCGAGGGUGAUGAUAGUCAUCCAAUCACUCUCCGAAUUCGCCAUCUUUCUGAGCAAGAAUCAGCUCCGUCACAGUUCGGUCAUACUAGAGCUAACGGCUUAUUUCGUUCCACCAAUUUCACUACUUCAAAAGAAGAGGAUCAAGCGAUAAAUAAGAUCGCUAAAGCUGGAACUCAGGAGAUGAUCAAAUGCAAAUAUCUCUUUGGUUGCGAUGGUGCACACUCCUGGAUUCGACGUCAGAUUGGAGUUGACAUGGAAGGGGACCAAACAGACUUUAUAUGGGGAGUCCUUGAUAUUCAUCCCCUGACAGACUUCCCAGACAUUCGAAGCAGAUGCUCCAUCCACUCGGCACGGAAUGGAAGCUUAAUGGUGAUUCCCAGAGAAAACGAGCUUGUUUGUCUAUAUAUUCAACUAGAGGAUCUCGAGCGUAAUAUGGACGGAAGAAUUGACAGUACAAAGAUCGCCCCCGAGGAUAUAUUGAGAGCAGCACAGAAAAUCAUGUCGCCAUACAAUUUACAGUACGAUUAUUGCGACUGGUUCACUGCCUACCAGAUUGGACAACGAGUCAGUACUCGGUAUACAAAAUUCGAUCUCGUCUUUAUCCUGGGAGAUGCCUGCCACACUCACUCGCCGAAAGCAGGUCAAGGAAUGAAUGUUUCACUUAUGGAUGCAUACAAUCUAGGGUGGAAAAUCGCUCAAGUCCUACAACGCAAAGCACCUAGGUCAAUCUUAGCAACUUACGAGGCUGAGAGACGGCCAGUAGCUCAAGAGCUCAUCGAGUUCGAUCGUAAAUGGUCCAGUCUCUUCAGCGGCAAGCUUGAACCAGAUUUCAAUCAAGCAGAAGACGGCCUUCUUAAGGAAUUUAAGCAAACCUUCGAGGAUGCUAAGUUAUUUGUGGCUGGAAUCACCGUCACCUAUGCGCCAUCAGUUUUGGUGGACGAAACCAGUCAUCAAAGGAAUCAUCAUUCCUCUAAGGUCUUAUCGAAAACGGACCUUGCCAAGGGCAUCCAUUUGGGAAUGCGAAUUCCUUCUUACCGCGUUCUGAAUCAGGCCGAUGCUCGUUCAUGUCAUCUCCAGGAUCGACUUCCGUCCAAUGGACAGUUGCGCUUACUAAUUUUUGCGGGCAGCAUGAUCGAUCUACCUCAACGAGAACGAGUUUUGGCCUUCGCAGACUAUUUGUUGUCACCUUUAUCCAUUUUGAACACCUAUACGUCGGAAUACAUGCCUUUAUUCGGCAUUAUCGCCGUUCAUUCUGGCCCCCGCACUGAAGUUGAACUAUCACACUUUCCUGCGCCCCUGCGAAAAAGCUCGGAAUACAACAACGAAUUUGUGGACGACCAUUCAUACUUGGAGCCCUUUGGUGAUGCAUACAAGAACUAUGGAGUCGAUUCGAUCAGAGGAUACGUUGUUUUGAUAAGGCCCGACCAAUACGUCUCAUGGAUAGGAGACUUUGAGGACACUGACAAACUGGAAACUUUUUGUCAAGGUUGUCUACGUCGUUGGCCAUCUUCUCCUUCACUUUGA